UGAUGAUGAGGUACCAAAUGAUGGCAAGUUCGCCAGCAGCUGCAGCACCAUUUCCUACUAAAAAAUCUAAUGAUCAUAAGAAUACUACUAGUACUGAUCAUGUUCAUAACAAGCAUCAAAUAUGGGGGAUUCUUAUUAUCAUCAUUGUUACAUUCUUGUUGAGUGCCUCCUUGUUCUUGCUUAUAAAGAGAAAAGUCUUCCCAAUCUUCAAGCAAAGGUGGACUCGUAAAGGAAGCUUGAAGGGCAAGAAGUUGAUGUUGAGGCAGUUUCAAAUGGAGGAACUAGAAAAGGCUACCAACAACUUCAGUGAAGAAUGCUUGUUGGGGUUUGGUGGAUUUGGUAAUGUCUACAAAGGGUCUUUUGAGGGGGAAGGCACUCUAGCUAUCAAGAGAGCUCAUGCUGAUUCGUACCAGAGCAUCGAAGAAUUUAGAAAUGAAGUGAUGCUACUCUCCCAAGUAAAGCACAGCAACCUUGUAGGUUUGGUGGGUUUUUGUGAAAAAACUGGUGCAAAGGGGGAUCAAGUGUUAGUUUAUGAGUAUGUGCCAAAUGGUUCUCUUCUUGAGUACAUAAUGGGUAGAGGAGGAAGGAGCUUAACUUGGAGGCAGAGAGUAAACAUAGCGAUUGGAGCAGCAAAAGGGAUAGCUCACUUGCAUGAUGGAAUCAAGCCUAGCAUAAUACACCGCGACAUAAAACCGAGUAACAUCUUAAUAGGCGAUGGGUUCGAAGCCAAGGUUUCGGAUUUUGGACUAGUAAAAAUUGGACCUAUUGGAGAUCAGUCUCAUGUCAGUAGCCAGGUCAAAGGAACACCAGGAUAUCUUGACCCUGCAUAUUGCUCAACCUUCCAUUUGAGUCCCUUCAGUGAUGUCUAUAGCUUUGGCGUCAUUCUCUUGCAACUUGUUUCAGCCAGGCCUGCAGUUGAGAGAACGAGAAAUCCGAGUAAUCAUCAUAUUAUUGAUUGGGCAAGACCUAGCUUGGAGAGGGGCAACAUAGAGGAGAUUUUAGAUGCUAAUCUACUAUCCACGCCCUGCAACAUGGAGAUGAUGCUAAAGAUGGGAGAACUUGGUCUAAGAUGUGUAGUGAAAACACCCAAAGACCGGCCUAGAAUGUCUCAGGUAUGGCAGGAACUAGAAGAGGCCCUGUACUUGACUGACUGUAACGUCAUCCGUAAAGAGCCUACCGGAAGGAGUUCUAGGUCGAUGGAUUAUGAGCAGUCUCAGAGCUUUGUGAGCAUAGAUGGCAUUGGGUUUCAAAGGUUUCGAGUAGAGAUGGAUAGUAUUUCCUUUCAAAGCACAAGCUUGAGGUGCUUUGAGGCCAGCAGUGUUAGUAUUGAUACUGAUAAGAACAAUCUGAGAGGAAUAAGUGAGGAAACAAGUAGAGAAGAAGAUAUCAUGAGUUAAAAGCUUAUGUAACCAAUAUGCAAGUUUGAAG